AUGAACUUUGUGAAAACUUAUAUAUAUAAACAAGAAUAUACAGAAGAAGGAAUAAAAGAAUUGGAAAAAGAUGCAAGGAGUGUAAAAGAAAUUGAUGAAAAUAAAAUUCUUAAGGAUCUACCAGAAUUUAAAAGAGGCAAUAACUUUUUAAGUCUAUCUGAACAAUUAGAAUUAAACAAAAAUAAUAAGGGAAAUACAACAAAAGAAAAUCAAGACAAUACAACUUUAUUAGAUAUACCAAAUAUAAAUGAAGAAAAUAUAGACUUAUAUGGAAAUCAUGAAGUAUUUGAUAAUUAUAGUUUUGAAAAAAUUAAAGAAAGAGAAAAAGAAGUUGCUGAUGAAUAUAAAGAAGCAAUAAAAGAUUAUGUUAAAAAAAAAGAAUUAAAAAAUAUAACAUCCCAUGAUGAUAUUUUGAAAGAUGAUAUUAAUCAUAACUUUAAAAAAAUUAAAAAAGAAAUUAUUAAUAAAAAAAAAAAUAAUAAUGAAAUUAAAACAAAUAUUAAAGCUAUAAUUAAAACUACAAAAAAAAAAACAGAUAAUCCAAAUUCUGAUAAUAAAAAUAUUCAAGAUAAAGAAUUAUUGAAAAAUAAUCAACAACCCCAAACUUCUUUUCUUUUAUCUGGAUAUUCAGACGAUUCAGAUGGUUAG